GGCCUAUCAUACAACUGAAAAUGGGUGUGCAAACUUGGAUCUUCAUAUCCGAUCCUGUACUUGCUCAAGAAAUCUUUAUGACUCAUGGUGUUGCAACGUCGGACAGACUUUCUCAUAGGUUCUUUAACUACUACAGUCACGGUGGAAGAGGGAUUAUUUGUUCAAACGCUGGCAAAGGAUGGCAACGGGCAAGAACUGCUGCUUUAUCUAUCCUGGCACCGCAACGUGUCAAUGAAUUUACCGAUGUUCUUCUGUAUGAAGCCGAUAUCCUAGUGGAACAACUUCUUUCUCGUAGUCAACUUUAUGGUCAAGUGGAUCCCAGCACCUAUUUACAAAAUGCUGCUAUGAAUGUAAUCUUAACAACUUGUUUUGCUACUCGUAUCAACUCCCCGGAAAGUCAGCUAUUUAAGGAUAUCAUGGAGCAUAUGCAUGGAGGCUUGAAGAUGGUUGGAAUCGAAAAUGACCUCGGUCAGUUUCUGCCUAUUAUGUCUGCAUUGGAUGUGAUCCUGGGGAAGGAAAAAGUGUAUAGUGACUAUGUUGGCAAGUGCCGUGAUCCCCUACUCGUUAGGUUGAUUGAAGAAGCUCUAUCAAGUGGCAAAGAUUCAAUGAUGAAGACAUUGGUAGCUCUCAAAGAAGAAUAUGGCUUGAAUGACAAGGAUAUCAUAGUGAUUAUGUCUGAUCUUCUUGGUGGUGGCACAGAUACUAGUUUUGUCACAAUGUCUUGGAUGAUCGUCAUUCUUUCCCAUUACGAUGAUGUUCAAAAGAAGAUACAGGCAGAACUUGACACUUUUAUUCGAGCACAUGGGCGUCUUCCUGUCUUCGAAGAACGAGAUCAAAUCCCUUAUACCAUUGCUGUCCAAAAGGAGUGCAUUCGUUACAAGUCGGUCAAUUCCUUUGCUAUGCCUCAUAUGGCCAGUCGUGACUUGAUGGUUCGCGAUUAUUUCAUUGCCAAAGGUACUGUAUUGGUUGCCAACACGAUUGGUAUGCACAUGAAUCCUGACGUAUAUCCUGAUCCAGAAACAUUCAAACCUGAACGCUUUUUGAACAACACUCGAACAAUGACAUCUUCGGCAAAUGGCGAUGUCAAUCAACGUGAUCAUUUCAUAUUUGGUUGGGGAAGACGUGUUUGCCCUGGUAUUUAUUUGGCUGAGGUAGAGAUGUUCCAUAUCUUUGUUCGGAUCUUCGCAAACGCAAGUAUUGCACCUCCUUUGGAUGUCGACGGCAAGGAAGUACCUAUUGAUAUGGAUACAGUUUUGGAUACCGGUCUUUUGAUUAUGCCCCAACCUUAUCAGGUUCGAUUUAUCCCUCGUGUUGAUUCCCCGUUGAGAUAGUUAGUCGUAUUAUUCAAUUCAAAUGAAAUAAAAGUCUUUUCCUAUUUGUUUUUAUGUUAUA